GCGGGGCGGGGUGCGCGCCGUGCUUAAAGGGGCCGCUGCUCGCUCAGGCCCUCGCCCGUCACUGGGGGUCGCGGCGGCCGCAUGAGCUGCGCGCGGGGGGCGUUGUGCCGGGCCUGCCUCGCGCUGGCCGCGGCCCUAGCUGCGCUCCUCCUGCUGCCGCUGCCUCGCCCGCCCGCGCCCGCCCGGUUGCCCGCUGCCGUGGUCGUCGCCUCCCCCAGCCUGCGGCCCGACGACGACAUCUUCAUCGCGGUCAAGACCACCCGCAAGAACCACGGGCCACGCCUGGGGCUGCUGCUGCGCACCUGGAUCUCGCGCGCCCGCCCGCAGACGUUCAUCUUCACCGACGGGGACGACCCUGAGCUCCAGCGGCAGGCAGGCAGCCACAUCAUCAACACCAACUGCUCUGCAGUGCGCACCCGCCAGGCACUGUGCUGCAAGAUGUCCGUGGAAUAUGACAAGUUCAUCGAGUCUGGGCGAAAGACUCUCCCCGCCCACAGGUGGUUCUGCCAUGUGGACGACGACAACUAUGUGAACCCCACCACACUGCUGCACCUGCUGUCCACCUUCUCUCCGAACCAGGACGUUUACCUGGGGCGGCCCAGCCUGGACCAUCCCAUCGAGGCCACCGAGAGGGUCCAGGGAGGUGGGACUGCAACCACAGUCAAGUUCUGGUUUGCUACCGGUGGAGCCGGGUUCUGCCUGAGCAGGGGCCUCGCCCUCAAGAUGAGCCCCUGGGCCAGGCAGCUUCAUGAGCACAGCGGAGAGGGUGAGGCUUCCAGACGACUGCACGGUGGGCUACAUCGUGGAAGGGCUGCUGGGGGCCCGGCUGCUGCACAGCCCCCUCUUCCACUCCCACCUGGAGAACCUGCAGAGGCUGCCGACGGACGCUGUGCUGCAGCAGGUAGGCCUGGUUCCCUUCAGCUCAGCAGAUGUGCUGCCAAGCGCCUUGCCCCCUCUCCUCCAGGGUCUGGACUGGCCAGCCGUCACCCUGGUGGGCUCACAGCAGGUACAGAUGCAGGGCGGUCUCGGCCUUGAGAUUUCCAUGUAGACCUUGGGCAGAUCCCUUUGCCUGCUGGGCAUAGGAGCACAUGCCCGAAGAUCUGCUGGGGCUUCUUUGCAAAAGGGGCUCCCCUGCUCCCCAGGGUAAAGAGGCAAGUGGCAUCUCCUCCAGGCAGAGGCUCUUGAGGCAAGUAGGAGAGACAGGAGGAAGAACACUGGACCUCAGCCUUCACUCCCUUCUCUUCCAGGUCACUCUAAGCUAUGGGGGUCCUGAGAACCCCCAUAACGUGGUGAAUGUGGCGGGCUUCAGUCUGCAGCAGGACCCCACGCGGUGAGUGAGUGGUGACGGGGCCCUGAUCCAGCCUCAGGGGGACACCCCUGACCCCAUUCCUUCUCUGUCCCAGGUUUAGGUCUGUCCACUGCCUUCUGUACCCAGACACGGACUGGUGUCCCAUGCAGAACAGGGGUGGCCUCCCCUCACGGUGACCGGAGCCCCUGGCUGCCCUGUCCUGGUCUGAGCCACCUUCCUCCGGCUGCCGCUGUGGGCAGUGGGCAGAUGCUUGGGCUGACCUGCAGGUCUCCUGCAGCCCCACAGUGGGCCUGGGACCAGGGGCUCCCACCAAGAUGGCAUCCUGCAGCCCCCAGAGAGGACCAGAGGGCGGUGCUGCUGGUGCUGUGGCACAUCCUCAGCCAUCUCCACCAGAGCACCCGGGCGCCCUUGAGGGGACUGACACCCGGCCUGCAGAGCCCAUUGGGCUGGAGCUGGGAAGUGGGCCUCGCCCCACCGCAGUUCGGGGAGAGGACACCCUGACAGGCCUCAUGGGACACCCUCCCCGGCAGGGUGCGGCUUCCAGGACUGGCCCUGGAGUGUGCCCGAAGGCAGAGCUGGCCUUCCUGGGGGCCUCCGGGCUGCUUUUCUCCACAUUGACUCACACUGAGGAACAACAAGGCGGCCCCUGGGGAGGGGGGUGCAGACCCCUGCCUUCUGUCCCAGGGCACUGUGAAGGACACGGCCCCUUCCCUCCAUCCCUGCUCGGAUACUGAAGAACAUGAGUAAAAGCUUUGUUGUCACUCUCA